UCGAACUCCACCUCAAUCAAUGGCGAAAAGGUUAAAAGUGGGUAGGCAAUGUGUGUAUAUAUAUAGGCGGGUAGUAUUAUAUAUAGAAGGUAGUUAACUACAAUUCAGAAGAUAAGAAAUGGAGCAUAGCAGCAGCUGGUCGUCCGUCAACCUUUAUUCAAUCGCCAUUCUCAUCAUUUCUUGCGCUUUCUUCCAAUCAUCUUACGCAGUGCAAACUUGCUACAGCCAAAGUGUGACCCAGGUUGGCUCUGAAGGUGAACGUGUUACUGAAUAUUACACGAGUUGUAGUACUGGUCAUGGAUCAGGCCCGGCUCCUCAAUCGGGCGGUAACCCACCAACUCCAUCUCAUCGUCCAAACGGUCCAAUAGUUCCACCCGCUCCGAUACUUAUUCAACCCCCUCCGAUAUUUCAACCUGCUCCAUUAUUUCCACCCGCUCCAAUACUUCGACCCGGUCCGCUAUUUCCAUCUCCUCCAGUAUUUCAACCCGGUCCAAUAUUUCCCCCGCCGACUCCAGCAUUUUCAGGUCGCAAUUAAUCAAAUUAUAUACGUGUAUCUUGCAUGCAUGCAUGCAGUGUGGUUGUAAUCAUGAUGAAUAUGUUCUGUUUAUCUUUAGCUAUGGAUAUUAUUACGUGCAAAGUAUUUGGAAAAAUAUUGAAGUCUCCUGAAAGAACAUUUUCAAUUUC